UGAGAAGGUGGUGGGAUCAGGUGCCAUAAUCAAAAUUCUCAAGACAUCCUUUUCUUUUCCUCUACAUGAAAGCUGAACUUUAAUCACUGUGUCAAUGUGGCAUGCUCUCUCUCUCUCUCUCUCUCUCUCUCUCUCUCUAAUAAAAGAUGAACUGAAAAGACAUCAACCCCAAUUCCUACUCCUUCGCUUUCUCACUGACUUCAUUUGGGUAUCUUCUUCCACCUCCCUCUCUGUAUCCCUGCGUCCUUUAAUUUGCCACAUCCCCCAUUCAAAGGCCUGCCUGCUCAUCAGUCAUCACCCAACCCAUCAUCCAUGUCCUGCACACCCCCCUCCUAUUUAACUCUCCCCACCCCCCCGCUCACAAUUGAAAAUUCAUGCAUCUAAUCUGCGGAUGUCGUGAAGGAAAGCUUCAUCCCUUGACCUCCACGAUUUUAAGAUGAUCAAAAUUCUGGUGAGGCCGAAGAGUGCUUGAUCGAAGAACUUGUCAUCCCCUUCAAUCCUCGUUUUUGCUGUUGUUAAUUCUUAUUUCUUUUCGUCCGAAAUCGGAAAGGAUUAGUGUCAACUGGGGUAGUUUGAUGUGUUCCGGAAUUGGGAUUGUGUAGCAGUACAGUACCCUUUUGUCAUAUAUAUCCUCUACCUCCUUCUCUUUCCCUUGCCCUUAUCCAACCUAUUGACCAACUCGGAAGAUGCCUUUUUCUUACUGGGGGUACUGUUAUCUUGAAACCCUCAAAACCCUGGAACAGAGAGUAUCGUAGCUCAAGAUCAGAGUCUUGCCAGUUCCCUCUUUCGUUGAAAAGUGAAAUCAGAUGAAGCAAAAACCCAAAAGAAAGCACUGACAUGCUCAAAUACAUAUAUGCAUGCUCUCCCGCUUCCUGUACCCCUUGCAAUAAACGAAUUCUCUACUCAUCACCUCCUUUGUGGUCCGAUUUGGUGUCAAAACGCCCUGCACGAACCAAGUUAAUCCCUAGCUUGUUGCAUAACAACAACAACAACAAAGGAAUUGAAGUCCUUUUUCCCCCUUGCUACCUCAUUCUCAUCUUGAAUUAGAAGCUAGCUGCUGCAAAAGAAAAUCAAAGUGAAAAUGGUGACGCUUCACCACCGUCCGCCUCGACUGGUACUCCUCGAAGCCGAAGUGGGUGCAGCGUCGCCGCCCACCACUGGAGGCAGAACGCGCAGCUCCUACACCAACGAGGCCAAUUUCGACACCAACAUGGUCAUCAUCCUCGCCGCUUUGCUAUGCGCGCUUAUAUGCGCCCUGGGCUUGAACUCUAUCGUGCGCUGUGCUCUCCGCUGCAGCCGCAGGUUCACUUUCGAAACGCCAGGUGAGACGGCCGCGCGGUUCGCGGCGACGGGGCUGAAGAAGAGCGCUCUGCGGCAGAUUCCGGUGGUGGUUUACGGUUCGUCGGGGGUUAACGUUCCGGCGACGGAUUGCGCGAUUUGUCUGGGAGAGUUCGUGGGCGGAGAGAAGAUAAGGGUACUGCCCAAGUGUCGGCAUGGGUUUCAUGUGAGGUGCAUAGACACGUGGCUGCUUUCGCACUCAUCUUGUCCCACUUGCCGGCAGUCUUUGCCGGAGAAUCUAUCGGCCUCGGGUGCAGGGGAUGGCGACACCGGGAUCCAGCCGACGGGGAAUGCAGCGGCAGGGCAUGGGGAAGUGAAUCUAGCAGUAGAGGAGGUGAGUUGAUCAGCCUCUGAAAACACAUUCAUGAAAAUUUCACGGGGGAAAUCAAAAACAGAGCAAGCCUAGAGGCUCUAGCUUUUUUUGAUUUUUUUUUUUAAAUUUUUUAUUUUAUGUAUCUGAGGUGUUGGUUGGGUGGGGGGGGGGGGGGGGUUACAAGUCUAUUUGUGUAAUUAUGCAUAGGGAAGUAUGUUGGGUGGUAGCAAUUGAAGUAUUGAAAAAUCCAUGGAUUGAGAUAGCAAAGAUAGCUUUAAUUUAAUGGAUUGGAUUAAUGUAUAUGUGCUUUG